UAGCAUAAUAAAGAGGAAAGAAUCAAUAAUCGGUUACCAGGAUGGCAGGGUGCUCACUGAACGGAUUUUUGCUGAUGCUCUGCUGGAUUGUUGUCAUGGGGUCUCCAACUCCUGGAUCAGUAACUGACUGUCCAUCAUGUUCGCUGGCUAAAUUCCACAAGGAUGCGCCCAGUACUGAAGAGGACAUGGUGGAAGCAGUCAAAAAGCACAUAUUGAAUAUGCUGCACUUAGGGGACAGACCCAAUAUCACGCAGACAGUGCCUAAAGCAGCUCUCCUAAAUGCUAUAAAAAAACUGCAUGUGGGAAAAGUGGGAGAGGAUGGCCAAGUUGAAAUAAAGGAUGACAUUACGGCAAUGAAUGACGUCUCUGAUCAAACUUCAGAAAUCAUCACUUUUGCCGAAUCAGGUCCCUCCAAGAAAGUACUUCAUUUUGAAUUUUCCAAAGAAGGAAGUGAUUUGAUGAUUGUCGAGAAAGCAGAAUUGUGGCUUUUCGUGAAAAUAGCAAAAAACAACAGAAGUCGUGUAAAACUGACCAUUCGACUGUACCAGCAGCAGAGAGGUCAGAAAGACAAAGGGUCGGAAGGCAAUAAAAAUGAACAGCUUAUUACAGAAAAGGUAAUAGAUACAAAAAAAGGUGUUUGGCAUACAUUCCCAGUAUCUGUCGCUAUACAACAUCUGCUGAAUCAUGGAAAGUCAUCUAUGGACAUCAGAAUAUCAUGUGAUCAAUGUCAAGAAGCAGGGGCAACUCCGGUCUUGUUUGGCAAAAGGAAGAAAAAGGAUGAUGAAGAAUCAGCUACAAAUGGUGGUGAAGAGGAAAGAGAGCAGUCACAUAGGCCUUUUCUGAUGAUUGUAGCUCGACAAGCAGAGGAGCACCCUCACAGAAGGAAGAAACGUGGCUUGGAAUGUGACGGCAAAGUGAGCAACUGCUGCAAAAAGCAAUUCUAUGUCAGCUUCAAAGACAUUGGUUGGAGCGACUGGAUCAUAGCACCUCCAGGCUACCAUGCAAAUUACUGUGAGGGGGAUUGUCCAAGUCACAUUGCAGGGACCUCUGGUUCUUCUCUCUCCUUUCACUCAACAGUUAUAAAUCAGUACAGAAUGAGGGGCCACAGUCCCUUCACUAGCAUCAAAUCCUGCUGUGUCCCAUCUAAGCUGAGAGCUAUGUCUAUGUUGUACUAUGAUGAUGGACAUAACAUCAUAAAAAAGGAUAUCCAGAACAUGAUUGUGGAGGAAUGUGGUUGCUCAUAAAACAUACAAAGAAUAUAUAUAAAUUCAUAUUCAGACUACACUAAUGGACUCAAAAGAAGUGUAAAAGACUUGCAACUCAGCGGAAAUCUUAAGGCUGAUUUAAUGGGACAAAAAAGUAGAUACAAAGGAAGAGAAGGUUCUAAAUCUGCAGCAAUAGUUUGCUAAAAGAGGCUGUCCAAUCCCUUAUAGUUGAGUGUUCAUUAACAGGGUCAAGAGCACAGUCUGUGUAUCUAUAUAUACACAAAAUGUGUAUAUUUAAUGGCUUGUAUUUUUAUACAUCCAUGUAUGCAAAUGUGUAUAACUAGAUAUUGUCAGGUCUAUAAGACAUUGAUAGAAUGCCUAUUCUCUGUAAGCAGAUCCUAAUUUAGAAGAAUCUAUAUAUUGCGCAGGUGAUCUCACCUUCUUCCUCUGCACUAUUAACGCAAAAAAAAGAAAAAAAAAGAAAGAGAGAAUACAAAGUUAAAUUUCACUAAGGUGCUUAAGAUCUUAGAACUAUGCAACUUAAUGGGUUUGAAAACUGUUUACCUGAGACAGAGAUGAAAGACUUUUCAGUGGAAGUAACAUGUUUAAUAUUUUUGUUCUUUCAUGAGAGAUACUUGAAAGGAACAUGUUGGUCCAGAUGCUGGAACCAAACAUUUCUAUAUUUUGUAAAAAACAAACAAAAAAAAAACUAAACAAACAAAAAAACAAACAAAAAAAGAAAAAGGCAAAAAAUGUAUUGUUUCUUUUUUAUUUGCACUACAACAGUAUUUGACCUGUCUAAUCCUUAUUUAACAAGUAUUUUCAAGAGAGGUUUUAAGAGCUGCACUUAACAUGAGCUAUAUCAGAACUGCUAAAACACACAUCAAAAAUAGCUAUUUUUAUUACUAUUUUUCAUUAUUUUUUCUACCUUAAAUGAGACACCAAAGACAUGUGUGUGAAGAUUUAACAGUCUGCCUGUGGUUAAUAAUCAAUGGAAAGUAAACGAUUUAAAGGAUCAACUUCAUAAGAAAAUGUUUUGAAGCCAAAAGUGUAUAUUUUAUCCGCAUUCAUUUUUGGGUAAUUGGGCUGCUUUUUAGCAGUUUAUUAUUAUUAUUAUAAUUAUUAUUAUUAUUAUUUUUCUUUCAAGAAAAAAGGCACUUCAGCAACUUAUCUCAACGGCAUUGUUUUAUUCAUUGGAUGCCCAUCCUUCUUACUGGUUAAUUUUUUUUUUUUUUUUUAUAAAAUAAAAAAAAUAUGUUUUGGCUUUUAACUAAUCAGCACAAAAUUAUAUUGUUUUGUUAUACAUGCAAGCUCAAUACUGCACAGGAUUUAAUUCCUAUUUUUUUUUUACAACUCAUAGUUUAUAUAAUACCCAUCAUGGUCUGUGUUCAGUCUGAUUUACUAGACCGUCCAAACUUUUCAUUUAAAUUACCCAAUUCUGGCCUAAAGCAAGCAAGGUUUAUUUUUAGAAAUAAUCAUUUAAAAAAAAAAAAAACAGUCAAAAGUUAAAUAGUGAUAGGUCGAUUUUAUUUUAA